AUGGCGCAGGGUUUUGCAGUGGGCUUUGACCCACUGGGCCUCAGAGACCUCAGCUCGGGCUCCCUGAGCUCCCUCUCCUCCCGCGGCCACCUGGGCAGCGACUCGGGCUCCGCAACGCGAUACCUGCUGAAGAGGCAGCAGCGGCUGCUGAACGGGCCCCCCCGCGGAAUCCGAGCCUCAUCGCCCAUGGGCCGCGUCAUCCUCAUCAACUCCCCCAUUGAAGCCAACAGUAAUGAGAGUGAUAUCAUCCGCGCUGUCCGGGUGGAGAAGAGUCCAGCAGGGAGACUGGGUUUCAGUGUGCGGGGCGGCUCUGAGCACGGCCUGGGCAUCUUCGUCAGCAAGGUGGAGGAGGGGAGCAGUGCAGAGCGGGCUGGCCUGUGCGUGGGGGACAAGAUCACGGAGGUGAAUGGGCUGAGCCUGGAAAGCACCACCAUGGGCAGCGCCGUGAAAGUGCUCACAGGCAGCAGCCGUUUGCACCUGACGGUGAGACGCAUGGGCCGAGUGCCGGGCAUCAGGUUCUCCAAGGAGAAGACCACAUGGGUGGACGUGGUGAAUCGGCGGCUGGUGGUGGAGAAGUGCAGCUCGACGCCGUCAGACAGCGGCUCGGAGGAUGGCGUGCGCCGCAUUGUCCACCUCUACACCACGUCGGACGACUUCUGUCUGGGCUUCAACAUCCGCGGGGGCAAGGAGUUUGGCCUGGGCAUCUAUGUGUCCAAAGUGGAUCGUGGUGGGCUGGCCGAGGAGAAUGGCAUCAAGGUGGGGGACCAGGUCCUGGCGGCCAACGGCGUCAGGUUCGAUGACAUCAGCCACAGCCAGGCCGUGGAGGUGCUGAAGGGCCAAACACACAUCAUGCUGACCAUCAAGGAGACUGGCCGGUAUCCUGCCUACAAAGAGAUGGUUUCUGAGUACUGCUGGCUGGACCGAUUGAGCAACGGGGUGCUGCAGCAGCUGUCCCCCGCCUCUGAGAGCAGCUCCAGCGUCUCCUCCUAUGCCUCCAGUGCCCCCUACAGCUCCGCUGAAGGCUCGGGCUCCCUGCCCUCCGACCGCAUGGAUGUCUGCCUGGGGCCCGACGAGCCGGGCAGCUGGGGCCCAGGCUGGGGGCGGGCAGACACAGCCAUGCAGACAGAGCCUGACGUGGGGGGCCACGUGGAGACCUGGUGCAGCGUGAGGCCCACCGUCAUCCUCAGGGACACUGCCAUCCGCUCCAACGGACCCUGGCCUGCCCACCGCCUGGAUUCUGCCCUCUCCGAGUCCCCGAAGACUGCUCUGCUGCUGGCCCUGAGCCGGCCGCGGCCCCCUAUCACGAGGUCCCAGAGCCACCUGACCUUGUGGGAGGAGAAGAAGCAGCGGAAGAAGAAAUUGGGGUCCUCUGGGGAAAAGGGGGCCCUGCAGCGCUCCAAGACACUGAUGAACCUCUUCUUCAAGGGAGGGCGGCAGGGGCGGCUGGCAGGUGAUGGGCACAGAGAAGCCUGGACGCUGGAUGGAGGGAGCCCAGCCAAGCCCCGCCCUCGCCUAGACCCGGAAAAAGCAGGGGCAGUGGGGCCCGUGCAGAAGUUUGUUACCUGGAGACUGAGACGCGAGCGGGAGAGGGGCCGGGCCCUGCUCUCUGCCAGGUCAGGGAGCCCCUCCAGCCAGCUGCCCAGCAUGGAUGAGCAGGUGCAAGCCUGGGAGAGCCGGCGGCCUCUUAUUCAGGACCUGGCCCGACGGCUGCUGACUGACGAUGAAGUGCUGGCCAUCACCCGCCACUGCUCCCGGUACGUGCAUGAGGGCGGCGUGGAGGACCUCGUGAGGCCCCUGCUGGCCAUUCUGGACAGACCCGCGAAGCUGCUGCUACUGAGGGACAUCAGGAGCGUGGUGGCCCCCACCGACCUCGGCCGCUUCGACAGCAUGGUGAUGCCCGUGGAGCUGGAGGCUUUUGAAGCACUUAAGAGCCGGGCAGUGCGGCCUCCUGCCUUGAGACCAGCCCGGCAGGACACACCGCCCAAGCGUCACCUCAUCACACCUGUGCCUGACAGUCGUGGAGGUUUCUACCUGCUGCCUGUGAACGGCUUCUCAGAGGAGGAUGACAAUGGGGAACUGAGGGAGCAGCUGGGGGGCCUCCAGCUCUCCCUGGGGGCCUCUGCUCCCCACCAUCCUCAUACAGGGAUCCCCCCUCUCCAAGAUGUGCCAGUAGAUGCUUUCGCCCCACACCGAAGCACCAGCACCCCCCCUCCCCAGCCACCUCCUGUCACUCCCCGGCCCCCAAGGCCUAACUGGUUGCUGACGGAACCCCUGACCCCAGAGGACCCGCGGCAGAGUCAGAGCCAGGGCCUGGCUCAGAGCCGCAGCCGCAGUCGCAGCCGCAGCCGCAGCCGGUGCCGAGGCAAGUCCCCGGGACGCAGGCGCUCCCCAUCCCCAGCACCUAUCCCCACCCUGAGUGCCGCUGACGGGCGCUACCACAAGCCUCGCAAGGCCAGGCCCUCUCUUCCACGACCUGUGGAUGAGCAAGCAGCCAAGGCAGGGAGCCGUCAAGGCCACUCUGAGAAUGGAACUGGCAGGACAGCCAGGGAGGCUGCGGAGAAGGCCCCUGGCGGGGAGCUGAGGACAGUCACGCUGUCCAAGAUGAAGCAGUCCUUGGGCAUCAGCAUUUCUGGGGGCAUUGAGUCCAAGGUGCAGCCCAUGGUGAAGAUAGAGAAGAUCUUCCCUGGGGGGGCUGCCUUCCUCAGUGGGGCCCUGCAGGCUGGCUUCGAGCUCGUGGCAGUGGAUGGAGAGAGCCUGGAGCAGGUGACCCACCAGCGAGCAGUAGAUACCAUCCGCCGGGCUUAUCGAAACAAGGCUCGGGAGCCCAUGGAGCUUGUGGUCAGGGUCCCUGGACCAGCCCACUACCCUUACCCCCCUGACUUGUCAGCCCUCACUGAUCAGUGCCUUCCUGUUGACCAUUCCCCUGCCCACUGACCCCUUGAUGGUACUCCUCCCUCCCACUGCCUCCUAGAACCUCCCAUUAAUGCUCUGCUCACCAGAAUCCAGAUUCCUCCCACCGAUGCCAGGCUCCUCCUUCAGACGGCCAGCCCAGUCCCUUCUCUAGGCCUCCAGACUCCUGAUGCUAAUCCCAGACUCUCCCCACCUGUGCCAUGACUCUUCCCACUAACUUCAGAUCCUCCCACUGACUCCCAGGACCCUCCUGCUAUCUCCCAGACCCCACCUACCAACCUCCUUGGGACUCAGGAACCUCCCACUCUUGCUUGACUUGGCUCCUCCCAAAGCUCCCCCCACCUUCUUCCCUCUCCAGCUAUCACUAAGGCUCUGCCCUUUCCAGAUAAACUUGGUGUCAAGGACAAGGUGCUGCUGGGUAGCCUGUGUCACUCGCUCACUGCCCACAAACUCCCAGGAUGGGAAGAGGUUGGGAGAAAGCCAAGGUCUGGAGUUUGGGAUUCAUGGGCACUUUCUCCUGAUGUUCCUUUUAAUGCCCCCAAGCACUGAGGAACAUGGGCUCUCAGGGCUUUGAAGGGUCAUAGCAUCCAUCCCCCAGCCCCAAGUAGUGUUCUGUGCAAGGGACAGGACGGAAGGCCUUUCUAGUUUCUCAAACUCUGAGAGACCGUUUCAUGUCGUAGUCCACUAGGACCCCACACUUUCUACUGGAUUUGUCCUCCCCUAAUCCCCCUCUCUCCCCAUGACCUCUAUGAGGAGUAGGGGAAUAGCCAGCAAAUUGGAGGGGGAGCUGGGAGUAGGGGUCAAAGAA